AUGUACCAAGUAAAACAUGAACGUAGUUUGAUUCCAGCAUAUGCCAUUGAUCGACUGCUGACAAGCCUCAUAUCCACGACAGCGAUUAGAUGGUUGAACAGACGACUUAACAAAGGACUAGUUCUACUCAUUGUGGUGGUUCUUGUUUGUUGUUUACACACCUACAGGAUCGCUAAUCAUGACGAGUUUUUCAUCUACACCUCAAGAAAAUGCAUGUUUCUCAAAUCGAAAUGGCUAGAUGGAUUAGACAAUGAGAGGUUUUUCUACAGGAUGUGGGAGGCGAUUCCAAACAUAGUGAAUAUUUGCUCAUAUGGGAAAUUAUCGCAGAGAAUAGACACAUACUAUGGCAAGGAUGGACAUGAAGUAAAAUUUUUAAGCAACAAUAUAAAUGAUCCUGAACAUCACUGUGACAUUAUUUUUGUGACAGAUGACGGUGACUUGACCAUUCCAGUCGAAAUGAAACUUAACAUUGUUUAUUGGAAACCAAAAACGUAUCAGGAAAUGGUGCAGUUUCGGAACACAUGGCUAAGAAUACUAAAUGACAGAUACUACUGGCUGAGGCAGGUGUCUCGCACCAAAGACACGCUCAACAUGUUUCUGCUGAGCAUUAGCGACGGCUACUGUUGGCAGAAAUAUCUGACAUGGACCAUGCCUAAUCUCAAGCGGGCGGCGUUACGCAGCAAUUACCUAAUUCUUGAUUUCUUACUUGGCUGCCAUCGUCAAUCAGUGCUCGUAGAAAGUUGUACCUGUAUGAUUUCUAAUCGAACACUGGUCCUGUAA